AUGAACAUAUUUAUUUUGUUGUUAUUUAGUCUUGUAAUGUCAGAGUCAAUAAUCAUUACCAACUCAAAAAGUUCUGAUGGACAAGCAAUAACUUUCCAAGUUAUUGAAUUUGGUAAAUGUUAUUAUACAGGAGCAACAACUUCUGAAUAUUAUACCCAGAGUGGGAAUAAUGUUACAGUUUCACAAUAUAAUACAUCAUCAGAAUGUACUGGAAACAAAAAUGAAACUUCCGUUGCUGUUAGUGAGGAACAUUUUAAAGAUUUUUGUCUUUCAAGAAACUGUUCUGUUGAAAUUAAAGAAAUACCAGAUUAUAUUGGAUACUUUGGUUUAGAUAAAGAUGAUAAUAAAUGUUCUCAUCAAAAUAACGCCUAUAUGACUUAUGUAACAGGAAUCUGUGGUAAGUGUCAUGAAGCUAGUAAUGAAUAUUGUAUGUAUAAAAUUGAAAACGGUCAUAUGUACGGAAUCAUUUAUGCUAACAGUCAAUGUGAUGAACAAAUGAAAAAUGAAACAAGAGAAUUAUGGAAAUGUGGGUCUUGUGAAAAUAGUACUAUUUAUAAAUGUGAAAGUAAACCUAAUAAAAAUUCAUCAGAUUAUAUAGAUGGAGCAUCGUUGGCAGUUCUCUCUCUUAUUGGAAUGAUGAUUAUGUUAUUUAUUUAA